AUGUCCCUCGUCAACCUAUCCCACGUUUGUUCGCAUUUGAACAAUGCCUCCAAGGCCCGUCUUGGUCUCACAUCGAUCCCGAACUCGAAACUCCACCUAAAACUAUGCCUUGCCCUCCAGGCCGGCGGCUUCAUUUCCUCGGUCGCUCGGGGUGGUCCGACUCCUCCCCCUCAACAUACCCUUCUUGGUCACCCGGACACCUCUAACGUGGAGCCUGUGACGCAAACCAAUGUUGCGUCCCGACGACUCUGGCUGGGGCUGAAGUACUGGCAAAGCGAACCUGUGCUGGGCAAGAUGAAGAUGGUCAGCAAGCCUACACGAAGAAUCUCGAUCGACGUCGCCGGUCUUCGGGAAGUGAUCCGCGGAAAUAAGAGCGGCUAUGUGGAAGGUCUGCGGUCGCCAGGUGAAAGUCUCUACCUUUCUACGGAUCGCGGGAUUAUGGAGGCGCGAGAAUGUGUUGAGAAGAAGGUCGGAGGCCUGGUCCUUUGCCGGGUUCAGUAA